AUGGAGGCCCUGUCCGAAGUGCUGAGCUCGAACGGCUCGAAGAAAUGGCACCUGCCCACCCAGGAACCGACCUUCGCGAUCGGUUUGUCGUUUGUCUUCCUGGCCUACUUCCUGCACCCUCGGAUAGAGGCCACGUACCAGAAGGUGCGAGCUGCCCGUGCUUGGCGGGCCGUUGAGAAGCACAAGAGGGUGGACGUAACCACCUACCCCAUGGUGUCGGAGGUGUUCCGGGGGCGCGGGAAGUGGGACGCCGCGCGCGCCGUCACCCUCCUGCUCGCGGCGUUCUCGCUGGGCUCUUGGGUCCUGGAGCUGUCGCUGGAGAUUGAUCACGUCGAGGGGGGGGCUCGCCUUCUUAACCUGCCGGUACCUAUUUAUUUGGUGAACCAGACCAGCUUGGCUUGGCAGGUGAUGCCCCUGGAAGAAAUAAACCCGGAGUACGGUAGGGCCUGGCGGGACCUGGACAACAUGGAGGAGAAACAAGCGAAGUCGACGUACUUCGUGACCGGCUACAGAGAGCACGCCUGGAGCAAGAAGAUUGAAACCCACGUCGACGGCGAGAUCGUUGUUGCGAGCUGGGAUCCAGACGACAAGCACAGGGCGGGCUUGUACUACGGCAGCAACCACACGGCCACGGUGGACAGCAUCACUUGCAAGGGGACGGGGGGGGACGUAUACCUAUACGACGAAGCGGCAUGGGGCAGUUUUCUCUGGUGCGGGGAAGGGCCUUUGGCGGAAAACAAGACUUCAAGCCAGCCCGUCAUCAUUCUCGAAAAAUCCGAGGGAGAAGUGAGCGUCAUCGUCGAGGAGGUGGGCACCCACCCCAGUUUUCUCUAUUCCGUCUGGACGGCCGGGAGCGCGGACUCGAAAGAACUCGCGUACUCGUUCCACAUCUCGUCCACGGUGCGCCUGGCCGAGGCCGUGGUGACCGGGAUCGUCAACGGCGAGACCGGCGGUGGCCCCUGCUUCGGCUUGCUUCGGACGUUCAACGCAGGCCGGGAUAUGGAGGAGGGGAUAAGCACGGGCGAGGAAGAACGUGAGAGGGCAAAGCCGUUCGGCGAGAAGCCGGAAGACGACAAGGUGGACUCCCUUCAGGACGUGGAGACCAUCGAGGUCGGGGUCCUGAUGAACACCAACGCUCUCGUGGCGUUCGUGUGCCUGCUGGUGCUGAGCCUCGUCGGCAUCGGCUGGUCGAUGUGCCUCGAGUCCAGCGUUGAGAUGGAUGUGUACGACAGGGACGAGCUACUCCGCGCAAUCUCGCAACAAGCACAGGGCGAGGACAACGACCCCUCGACGCGCUCCGAUAUGCGCAUCUACGUCCAGAAGGAACGCGGCGGCGAGUUGAACGUCGUCAUCAGCGCGUCCGACGACGACCAAAACGGCUGCGCGCGAUUCCUCCUCAGGCGGGAGCCCACGCCCACCGUGCAUCCGAUUCCCGUGGCCGACGCCGUGAGUCACGCCCUGGACGACCACGGGGGCGCGCCCCUGCCCCUGGGCCGCCCCCGCAUGUUCAUCGGCAGCGUCCGCUUCGGCAUGGGCAGGGCCUACCCCGGACGGAACAACAACUUCCGCUACCCCGUCGCCCUGAGCGCGUCCCCGGUGCCCUCGGCCUCGACCACGCCGGUCCCCUCGCACGCUGGAUCGCUGGUGGGGACACCGGCCCCCCGCGGCCGUGCGAGGCGGGGGGGGCUGCCGGUCCUGAUCGCCGCUUCCCCGAUCCCUUCCCGCGCCACACCCUCGCGGGGCACCCCGGCCCGUUCGAGGCCCGGGUCGGCGUCGGGAACACCGGCGGCGGCGGCGGCGCUUCCGCCGCUCGGCUCUUCCGGCUUCCUACCGUCCUUCGGAACGGGAGGGGGAACGGGGCGGCGGCGGGGGGCAGGGGUAGGCAACGUCGGAGGGGUGCCGCCCCGAGGCCCGUCGCUCCUGUUCGACGACAGCGUCAACACGUUCGGCGGUGGCGACGACGACGGCAGCAGCAGCGGCGGCGGCGGCGAAACCGACGGUGACGACAGCGCCGACAUCGAGACGGGAAGUGGCGGCGGCGCACCGACAGCGCGCACUCAAGUAUCCGCCUUCGGAGGGGACGACAGCGCCGACAUCGAGGCGGGAAGCGGCGGUAGCGCGCCAGCGCGCCCUCAAGUACCCGCCUUCGGAGGGGGCGGCGGCGGCGACGUCGAGAUGGGAAGCCUGGAGCUGGUGCACCCCCAGGCGCAGGCGCGAGCUUCCUCCGCUGGUGACCGGGGCGGGAGUUCAAGCUCCCUGGGGGGCGGGAGUUCCAGCCGCCGUGCUGCGCGAGUCGAUCCCGCCGGAUGCCGACGGAGCAAGAGCGACGAGACCGUCGUGGGGGGGGGCCCGGUGGUAGGCGACGCUCUCCACUUCCCUUCCGAUAUGACGACGCCCCCGGAGAGCCCCGACUCGUUGUCGUCUCCACUGCCGUCCCGAGGGCUGACGACGGUGUUGACGCUCGGCCCUCCGCAGCUGAAGCAACUUACCCGCGACGCGUCGGAUUGAGGACGCGGCGCAAAGGGGGGCGAAAAGUCACCUCCGAACAUAAGGCGCGGCGCAAAGGGGGCGAAAAAUUCACCUCCGAAUUUAAGGCGCGGAGCAGUAAGAGAGGGAGUGAUUCGCCGCCGACGGCAUUCUGCCAGGCACGCCGAAGCAGCGCAACGGGGGCGAAAGAGUCACCUCCGAACAAGGCACGGCGCAAAAAAGGGAGGGAGGGAGUGAUUCGCCGCCGACGUCGUUCUUUCAGGCAUGCCGUCGGAGUUGGGGUUGUAAGGGAAUUUUUUACAUCGGGUGCAUUUGCUGAGAGCGGGUUGGCUUGCGAUGAUAAUCCCGCUGGGUUUUAAGCUUGCGCUCGAUCAGUUUUAGCGAAUUUUAUCGUAUCGCUUCGGGAUAUUGUAGGGUAAAGCCUCGGUGUGUUAUUAAAGUAGGUAGUGGUUGAUUUUUGGUAUUUUCGUCGUGUAGUUUUGUAAGUAGUGCGUCGUCCGGGUGCAGCAUAGACGCCGUUGGUUCCCGCAGGAGGGGGGUAGAAUCUUCGAUUUUUUGCGAUUAUUGUCUCAAUUGUAGUAGAACAGGUUGGUUGAGCGUGGUCGUUAGACACGAGCGAUGGGUCAUUAGAAGGUGUACGAAAGGUCAUCAUGCGUGUGCCGGAGCUAUCAUAAAGUUGGAGAUUAGUGAAGGGGAUAUACCUGU